UUUAAAGGCGUUAAUUAUAAAUAAAUGACUGGUGACAAUCCAUUUGUUUAUAGAUAAUAUUUCAAAUCUAUAGCUUAAACAGGUAAAUUCAAAUUGAAGUGUGCAACCUCUGCGGCUUACAAAUUUAGUCCUGAUUUAUCAUCAUCGCCACAGAAAUGUUGAACCGCACUUGCCUAAUUUGGAAACAAAGUCAGUAGAACCGGAAAACAUAUUGCGAAAGCUAUUUGCAAGCACAUUCAAAGAUAUAGGUUUGGAAAUGAUAUAAAAGGAGACUCAAUUCGUUUUACAAUUUCAGUUCUUUUUCUUGUUACAUCAUCAAUUAAUACAAUUAAUAACCAUUAAUACAGAUAUUAAUUAUAUUUCAAGAUAUAUAGACAAGUCAAAUCAAUUUUCAAAUCAAAAAAUAUUCAAUCCCCAAUGUCUUCUCAAACUGUUUUCAUUACUGGUGCUACCGGUUAUAUUGCUCAACAUAUCAUUAUUCAGUUAUUGAAUAAAGGAUAUCAUGUCAUUGGUCAAGUCAGACUGAGUUCUAAAGGUGAUGCUUUAGCUAAAGAUGUUAACAACAAGAACUUCUCUUACGAAGUUGUUGAAGUAUUUGAAAAGGAAGGUUCAUUCGAUGCUGUGUUAGCUAAACAUCCUGAAGUCUCUAUUUUCCUUCAUACUGCUUCUCCUGCUACUUUCUCCGUUGAAGAUAAUGAAAGAGAUAUUUUAAUUCCAGCUGUUGAUGGUACUAAGAAUGUUCUUAAAUCAAUUAAGAAAGUCGCACCACAAAUCAAGAGAGUGGUUGUUACCAGUUCUAUUGUUGCUGCUGCUACUUUUGCUGAAUUAGAAGAUCCUACUUAUGUUGGUGGAGAAGAUAGUUGGUUAUCUACUACUUAUGAAGAAGCCAAGACUGCUGAUUCCGCUGUUGCAUAUACUGUUUCUAAGAAAUAUGCCGAAUUAGCUGCCUGGGAUUUCGUCAAGCAAGAGACUCCAAAGUUCAAGUUGACCACUGUCUUACCUGGUUAUGUUUUCGGUCCUCAAGCUUUUGAAUCUGGUCUCAAGAAUUUGAAUCUUACUGCUGCUUUUGUUGCCAAUGCUUUACAAUUAAAGAGAGAAGAUACUAUUCCUGCAGUGAUUAGUUUAAGUGCUGAUGUUCGUGAUAUUGCUAAGGCUCAUAUUCUUGCUUUCGAGAAAGAAGAUGCUGUCGAUAAGAGAAUUGCUGUCUAUUCUACUAGAUUCCAAUACUCUGAAUUUGUUGAUAUCAUUAGAAGAAACUUCAAGGAAUAUGAUGCUAAGUUACCAGUCACUGAAACUUUACCAGCUGAUCACUUUGAUAACUUUGUUAAGUUCGAUGAUUCUAAAUCCAGAAAGAUUUUAGAUUUUGAAUAUAUCAAGCUUGAAAAGACCAUUGUUGACCUUAUUGCUCAAGUUUUAGCUUACCAAAACAAAGCUUAAUUUUCUGUUUCUUAGAUUCUUUUUAUAUACUAUUAAUAUUAUCUUUUUUUUCUUUACAUACAAUUUUAUGUCUAAUAUAAUAUACUAAAUGUUUUUUUAAUUAAAUUUAAUCUAGUAGAUUUAACUUAUUACUUUCAAAAUAUGAAGUUGAAUAAGUAACAAAUAUCAAAGUUUAUACGGAACACAUAUUUCCCAAAAAAAUAAUUAACAGCAAAUCUUUUUAGACGAAGGCUAUGUAAUAACUACGAUGAAAAUAAAUCCUAUGUUCUCCACAUAUUUCGUAUUUAUCAAAAACGGGUUUACUUAAUUAGAGCCUUUUGUGGAAAAAA